GGCACCACGACGGGGCGGGGCUGAGAGGGAGGCAAGGGCGGGGCACCGCGGCGGGGCGGGGCUUACGGAGGAGGGCCCGCCCCCUGGGAAGCCGCCCCAGCCUUUCCAAGGGCGACCCAGGUUCGAAGGGCCGCGCUCGGGCGGGCUCGCAGGGGGCGGGGCCUCGAGCGGGGGGCGGGGCCUGGAUCUCGGGGGUCGUCCUCGCCGUCUCGCCCACUUGCCUUCACCCGCACACCCGUUCUUUUCGGUUAUUUUCUGCUACGGCCGUUCCCCGCCCUGCCCUGGGCCCACGGGGCCGUGGUCUGAUCUCUGCUCGGCUGGAGGAGUCGGUGAGUGGGGUCCCCCGAGCGGAGGAGCCGGGGCGGAGCGUGAGGGAGAGGGGUGGAGCCUGCGCCGAGCGCGGUCACAAACGCCGGGCGGGAAAGGUGUCGGAGGCCCGAGGGUUCGCUGCUGGCCGAGGAGCGGGAGGGAGCCCAAUGCUCGACCGAGAGAGACGUCCCCGACCUCCUUCGAGAAUGGGGAACGUGCAGUCGGAGCCGUCUGCGGGCGGGGGCUCCCGUAAAGAGCAGGCCUCAGACCGAGCCUCCGACUCCCGCAGGACGCCUCUGGUGGAGCCCGAGGUGACCCCCUCCUCCCCCGCCAUGCGCCUGGCUCGAGGGCUGGGCGUCUGGUUCCCCGGCAGCUCGGGGCCCCCGGGACUCCUGAUGCCUCCGGAGCCCCAGGCCUCGCCCUCGCCCCUGCCCCUGGCCUUGGAGCUGCCCCCGCCGCCGGCGACGCCCCCGCCGGAGGAGGCCGCGGCGGCCUCCGCGCCCCCCGCGCCCCCCGCGGGCGCGCUGCUGCCCACGCCAUCCAAGUGGCGGAAGCCCGCGGGCGCCGCGGUGCCCCGGAUCCGCGGCCUGCUGGAGGCCAGCCAUCGCGGCCAGGGCGACCCUCCGAGCCUGCGCCCGCUGCCGCCGCUGCCCCGGCCGCUGGCCGAGAGAGACCCGGUCCCGAGGGCGCCGCCGCCGCCGCCGCCCUGCGAGCCGCCGCCCCCGAGCCGCAGAUCCACCCCGGCCCCGGCGAGUCCCGCCGAGAGCCAGGCCCGGCCGGGCAGCGAGGCUCAGCCGGCCGCGGGGGCCCGCGGGGGCGCGCCCCCCCAGGCCGGCGAGGGCGAGACGGCCCGGCCCGCAGCGUCCGAGUCCGGCCUGAGCCUGCUGUGCAAAGUCACCUUCAAGUCAGGGCCCCACCCGCCCCCCGCGCCGGCCCCGGGCCCCCUGGCGGCCAAAGCCCCCCUCGGGGCCGGAGGCGGCGCGGGACUGUUCACCUCCUCCGGGGCCAUCUCGUACGCCGAGGUGCUGAAGCAAGGGCCCCCACCUCCCGGAGCCACGCGACCCUCGGGGGAGGCGCCUCGCGCGGCUCAGGAAGCCGAGGGCGGCGAUGGAGACGGCGAAGGGUGCCCGGGGCCCCCUGCGGCGCCCGCGCCCCUCGCCCGGGCGCUACCACCCCCCCCUUACACCACCUUCCCAGGUUCGAAGCCCAAAUUCGACUGGGUGAGCCCCCCCGACGGCACUGAACGGCACUUCCGAUUCAAUGGGGCCGUCGGGGGCAUCGGGACCCCCCGACGGCGCGCCACCGCGCUCUCGGGGCCGUGGAGCUCCCCGCCGCCGAGGUCAGGUCAGGCCCACGCGGCACCAGGGCCCCGGAGGCCCACCCCCGCCCUGCUGGCGCCGCCCAUGUUCAUCUUCCCAGCGCCCACCAACGGCGAGCCCGUCCUCCCGGGGCCUCCCAGCCCGCAGACACCUCCACUGCCACCGCCGCCGCCCACCCCGCCAGCCACGCCGCCGCCCGCGCCUCCGCCCACGCCGCAGCCGCCCGCGCUCCCGAGGACGCCGACCCUGGUGGCCCGGCCGCCCACCCCAGGCCCCGGCCACGCGGAGUCGGCUCCGGCCCCCGCCCCCCGCCCCACCCCCGCCGCGGCUGCCGACCCGGUCCCGGCCCCGGCCACACCCCAAGUUCCAGCAGCGGCUCCGGCCGAGCCGUCACCCCCGGUGCCCCAACCCAUCAAGAUUCGCACACGCAGGAACAAAGGUCCCCGCGCAGCCCGGGCUGUGCUCCGUGAGGAAGGGACAUCUGGAGACGGCCCUCGAGAAGCAAGCGCGGCUCCCGUGACUGACAGCAGCAGCAGCAGCAGCGGAGCGGGUGGCGGGGCCAGCAACGGAGCCUCCGCAGCCGGGACCCCUAACAAGGGCGCAGCACGCCACUGGCCACCUUUCGAGGUGCUCAACUCGUGCCCCUGCAAGUGUUACUGCCGCCAUCAAUCCCGCCACCGUCGCCUGCCACGCAACGUGUCUGCCUGGCUGAGUACGCCCACCAACCACCUGAGCGAGCCCCCCUGGGUGGCAACCGUCAAGCUGGCUGGCUCCCUAGUGGCUGGCCUGGAGCACUACGACGUGCAGGCCACCCAUUCCACCUGAGUGCAGCUGCUCAGCUCCCUCUGCCUCCCCUUCCUUGCCAAUAAAGUGCCCAGUCUACACA